GUCAAGGCGUAGCAGGACGGAUUUCUUUUCCGUCUGUGCCGGCCACUGUUCGCAGAGUUGGACUUUUGUAAGAGAAGAAUAGAAGUUUACCUCUACAGCACGAGAGGAAUAGCUAGAUCGUGAUUACCUACGAGAACUGUUCACUCCAAUUGUGAUCUUGGAAUUCGGAUGAGAUAGCCAGCAGCUGCAGCAGUUGCACUAGCAGCAGAAUUGUCUGGAGUUUUCAAUUUAGUGGUGGAACAUCCACUUCUAUCAAUCCCAAUCGAAGAUGUUGGACGCGGCCGCGUAUCGCGCAUUAGUGCGGAUUGCAGUGCAUACUUUUUCCGAUAUUUCUCUUACGGGGUUCGAUACGAGGUCGAGCUCUGUGCAAUCCCGCAACCCACCUGUACAGAUUGAUUUGGUGUACAUGUACACUGAGACUCCCGAUAACGAACCUCCUAAUCUUCGAGGAGCAGCCCGGUUCUUCUCGGAACUGCAUUCUACAAGAAGGAAAGCAAAACAACAACAAGUUUCCAUUCCGCCCCCACCGCCGCCCCUGUUUCUAUAUGGUCUGGAGCAAGAGUGUGGCGGGACGCGGGAAAACCCAGAAACGGGUACCACGGUGACAGUUUUUCAUGGAUACUCAAAGACCAAGAGAAACCUCGAAGCUGAGUUUAGUGCCAUAUCAACACCAGAAGAUAAGGAAACGAACACAGAUCCGGAAGCUACAAGAGUAUUUUGGAAGCCGCCUAUCCUCCCCUUACCAUUCCACUGCCGCGCGGAUAACAUAACGCACACCUUGAUUGAAGCUGAGGAGUUACUCUCGACGAUGCAAAUAUGGGAGAAACUGCGAAAAAAUGGCAAGCACAGAUGUAGUUCCAUAUCGGCAUCGGAAUCGGCUGUGGAUUCUUCUUCAUGUACGACUACCGAAACGGAGCCGCGUACUGAAGCAAUACAGCUGCAACGAGAAGACAUUGACAUAAACGAGAAACGAAUCUAUCGCCGGUUGGAACCCGACGCUUCAGCAUCAGCUGUGAGAGCAUGGCGAGAAGAGUGGCUGCUCGAACACACGGCGAAGAGUUCUCCUGGUUAUAUCGGCAAGCGUGAAACAGAAAUAGCAGGAACCGACACUCAAGAAGGCACCGCACAAGUUGUUGAGAAAAUCAAUCUAGUGAUUGUCGCCCCGACGAUUCAUCUGCUCCGUGCGUUUGUAACGACGAUUUCCGUCAUCGUCAAACGAAAUUUAACAGAAGCGGUCAAUGUCUUUGCCUAUCCGGGAGAAAAUACCGAUUGGAAUGGGCGUGUGGUGCACAGUCAAGGUAUCGCAGAAGGGACCCGUAUGGCGUUGUUAGGCGGAGAGAUAGCUCGGAUCGAACGAUACUAUGCCAAAGGUGACCUUGUACAUCCAACUGCCGUACUCGAAUAUCUUCAAAAGCGCGGGAAAGCAAAGGAGAUGACUUGAGCAGCAGAUUGAACGAAUAUUUGCGUAGAGUGAAAGCGAGUACAAGUUACUUGCGGAUCAAUUUCAAGGAAAUGAUAGAUUGGAUUUUUUCAGAUCCCGGGAUCGCGCGCGCACUUGAUUCUACUACCAAUUUUAUGAUGCCUGAGCGUAUGAU